UUUGUUUUUGUUUUUUUGGUUCUGAACGCGUCUUAGUAAUUGGCACUUGUAUUGUAUUGUAUACAUCAAAACCAAAGUACAUAUAUACACUAUUAAUGGGCUUGAUUUGUGAGAAUAGUGGAAAGCAUACCGACUUAAGCUAUGCCCAUCAAACUUGAGCGGCCCGUAAACAUGAGAGAGAGAGAGAGAGAGAGAACGGUCAUAUUGAGCACAAGCUGCUGCAUAACCAUAGAUUGAGUGUUAAAAUUGGAGGAACAAAAUAUAGUUAAUUAUAAGUGGGUUAAAAUGAACGUCCAAGACGCGUUUAGAGAUUAGGAGGCUCGGCUCUCUGUCCUAAUAAACCGCAACAUUGAGAGGUUCUUGUGUAUCCCUCCUCGUAUUUAUAUACUCAUUCUCCUCUCCCCGUAUAAUUAAUUAAUUAAAACCCUUAAUUAAUCUCCUUCAAUUAAAAAAGAACAAGAACAAUGAAUCCCAUUGCAGCAGCAGCAUUUGUCUUCCUCUCAACAUUGUCUGUGCUACAAUUUGUCCUCGUUGCAGGCCAUGAAAGUCAAAGCACAAACGGCGGCAGCAAAGCAGGCGUGGUGAAUGUGAACCUCAUUCAACAAGCAUGCCAGCAUGCGCCUCAAAAGGACCUCUGCAUCAACACCCUCAAGAACGACCCCAACAGCAAAGGAGCUGACCUUACCGGCCUCGCCUACAUCGCCAUCAGGCUUGCCGGCGCAUAUGCCUCUGAAGUCGACGCGCACUUGAGAUCACUGCUCAUAAACAACGCCACCUCCUUAUCGCCGGUGGUCCAGCAGGGCGUCGCCGACUGCAUUGAGCAUUACUCCGACGCCAACGAGCAGCUCGACGACUGCGUAGCCGCCAUGUCCACCAAGAACUUCAAGGACGUCGAAGUCUGGGUCAACGUUGCCAUUUCUGACGCUGACUACUGCGAUAACUCGUUCUCCGGAGAGAAAAGCGUCGUUUUACAGAAGAACGAGGCGUUUCGCCAGUUGUGCAAUAACGUUUUGGCCGUCGUCAAGGCCUUGCCACCCCACGGCAAGGAGUGAUUAUGUACAUAUGGAAUGGAUCCACUUUAAUUAGUAGCUAGCUAAUUGAUUAAAAAUCAUUUAUGCAAAUUAAUAUUAUAAAAUUUUCAAUAACAAUUGUUGGUUUUAUU